GCCCCUCAGCGCUGCAGAAGACCGUCACGCGAAGGAAACUUUCCGCCCGGCUUUCCUCACUACGUUCUAGACGUCCUAUGAUGCGCGGUUCUUGCCCACCCGCAUACCUUGUUGACUAAAGCAAUGACCAAGAACCCGGCGUCCUUCUUGCGCUGGCCCUGUAUACAGAGCGAACUGUGGCACCCAUGACCACACAGAGCUUCCACAUGACAAACGAAGGCAUAAGACGCACCGACGGUCGCCUCCGCGCCUCCUCCUUCUGCUUGCAAACAAGCGCCUACUUCUGGGUACAGGACCUGCACUCAGACGGCAACGCCACAGUUUCCGCCUGGAACCGCAAUCAAGCGACUCUCCCUGGGUGUCCGGAACGAUGGCCGCCCACCUCCUCGACCAUUGUGGAGCCCGCAGCUCGAUCCCUGAAUCUUUUCCUCGUACGAUCCGCAAUUACCGCCUACCUCGCCUCAUGCACCUCGACCCUCGUCACGCAAAGGAUAUGCAUCGCCAACGCAUUCAUGCAAGCUCGGCUUCCGAUGGGCCUUCUCCCCAAGGUUCCGAGCGUCUCCGCCGUGGAUGUCACGAUCGUCAGCUUCGGUCGCUUGCCACUGAGCGGCUUGUGAAGCAGACGCUCAAAAGCGCGUCGUUUGCGGACGGCGACAAAGAGCCUGCUGCUGCGGGGCGCGUCCAUAUCGCAGGGUAAACGAGGCAGAUCAAAUAGCGUAUCACGCCAAACUCGACACGGGGAUCGAGGAGCGUGAGGCAAACCGCGCAAUUAUGGCCGCACAGGAAGCCCUCCAUAUCAUCGCUCGGAUAGAGGUCCCCACAUGUCAGGACGGGAGUGGCAAAUCCAUCGGAGGCUGCAUAGGCAAUAUAUGCGCAUAGUCUGCGCGAAACGCUCUCUUGAAUCUGUGGCUCCUGUGAUUCCGCAUGACAAGGGACAUGUGG